AUGAUCAAGUUCAGGACCGGGGUGAAAAACAAAACUGCAGACUGCCUAAAAAAGUGUAGUGGGACAAGUAUUUUUGAUGGUGCUAGUGCAAAUCUCAUUCCCUUCGCCUACAGUUUAAAAGGGAAUAACAUCACGGAAAUCAGGAACAGAUCGCGUUUUGGAAAAGGGCAGGAUUGUUUAGAGAGGUGUGAUAAUGGUAAUUGCAUGGAAUGGACUUCUCUCGAGGUUGGUUGGAACAUAUGCUUUUAUGAGAAAAAACGCCAAGUCAUUGCUCACACCCAUCCAAGUAAGACAAAUAAAUCUUUUAAACUGUCUUUAUCAUUUAUUUUCUAG